CGUCAAUAUCAAGUGGUUAUUGGUAGAGUUUCUUUUUCAAAUUGUGACAUUGACUUCGUGAAGGUUAUGAACUUUGAGACUUCGUCGACGAGGAAAACGCAGAAACGCUCUUAGAGAAGGUUCGACUCGCAUAGUUUCUGGAUACAGAUGAAAGGAAUCAAUCACGACUAUACAACGCGUUGUACGACAAAAAAGUGGCAGAGUUGCCUUCAAUAAAUCACGGCGUAGAAUUGUUGUCAAGAGUGAAAUUAAUUGUCGUUGCAGUCAAAAGAGCAACAGCUGCGGAAUGGAGGGAAAUCUCUCGAACUGAAAUAGCAAAAAAUCGCGUAUUUCAAAAAUCGGAAUUCGGUUUCAAAAAUUUCAAAAGUCGAAAUUCGUUCGUCUCUCGUCGAGAAAGUAGCAAAAUAAACAAGUUGGUCGUGCAAGAGAGAGAGCGAGAGAGUUCGUCUUGCCACGGAGAGAAAAAGGAACGAGAGACGGAAAACACCCCCUUGUCCAAAUGGACCCAAACCGCAUACUAGCCCACCAUAACUCCCUUCACAAACCGAACCCAACCGCUGACCCUUCAAAAGCUCAACUGGCUAGCUUGUCUGAUGAAUCUGGUCUAAAUGUCAUCAAAAUUUUCCUUUACUGCUAACAAGAAAAGAUCAUGGGUUUUGGAAGAACAACGAUUCAAUAAUAUCCUUUACUGCUAACCAUCACAAAAAUACCACCCCAUCUGCUGCCAACACCCAAUCACAGAACCACACAAGUAGGUAGGUAGUAGUAAUUUUUAACAUAUAGAGUAGUUGAGUAAUUCGAAUUUGUCUUUGUGUGUAGAUCUAAUACUACAGCUACAGUCAGAGAAGAAAUUCUUGAGGAUCUUUUUACUUCAAGAUGGCAACGACAUCAAGCUAUCGGCGCAGACGGGAGAACGACGAGAAUCGGCAUCCCUCGCGCAGUAGCAGCAAUGUGCCAUCAAACCACUCAAAGAAGAUGAAGUUUCCCCCACAGCAACAGCACAUGCGAAAUCCGGGAGGAAGCGCUGCGAGGUAUGUCGAAUUCGUUGCACUAGGUGAGUGCACAAAACAUAGAACAAGCUGACAACUUUCGCCUUGGUAGAACUUCUUGACGUUGAAAACAGCGUGGUCCGCAAGUUCCAAUUAUUCACAUCAAUGUUUUACAACCAAUACAGGUGUCCCGAAAGGCAAGCGCUUGCAGGCAUGCACCCAGCACAUUUUGGUGGUUUGCAGCAUCACAUGAAUUCCACCUAUCACAACCUCGCGAAUUACCAUGGGGAAAACUCGCAUCAGCAUGGUACUGUUGGCUUGCAAGAAAUAUAUUUCCUGCCGCUGGUGAGUACUGCGACAGAGGGUUUUACAACAGCCUUUAAAACUUCUUGUCAUGUUUUCCUACUUUUUCAUACGUCUCUAUGAUCAUGACACAUCAAGAACAGCAUCUCCUCUAAUAGAGGAUCUUCAAACCCCAAAAUCAGCCCGGCCAAGCACUCGGAAUAGUGCCAUUUAUUCGCAAGCAAAUGGAGACUUUUCAUCGACGUAUCACGCAGACCAGCAUGGCACUCUGAAGAGGAUAGGACACCAUAGUGACGACGGCCCGCCGCUGAGGAAAUUCCACUCGGAGGCGAAUUUGUGGAGAACAAACACUUAUGAUCCGAGUCAGCAGCAUCACUAUGCUAGUGGAGCAGCGAACAGUGCAUCGAUUAGAGGAUACUCAGCAUCGAGACAUGUACUACGACUACCAGCUCAUGUUUUGGGAGUGGCUGCCUUUGAUUUCAGUUUCUUUUGACGAUUUUUACGAAUUUGGUAUAUUCCAAAUUUCCCUGCUGACUGAGUACACCAUGACUUCAAGAACUAUAGGAAUAGUAGUGGUCUUUGAUAUUCAUUCAGUUUCUUUUGACGAUUAUUUUCCUGUGUGCAGCUGCACAUCAAUUACACCUCUUUUCCGUGUGAGACAUCACUUCUAACGAAUUUCAGCCCAAAUCUCAUUUCAGAUGCACGAAGGAUCCGCACAUCCUCAUCAUGGGGCGCAAAGCGGCGACUAUGCGCGAGACCACGCGAUCUACAACCUUGGCACACAUCAUCAGAGCAGUGGUGGACAUCAAGUGAUGCAGCAACACCUUGAGCAUGCGAAGUCGUUCUUGAGUAGUCGCGCAGCUACGCGGUUUCCAAACGGCGGCGCGCCACAGCACAUGUCGGUAAUGGAUGGUGGACACCAGCAGUCGAGCGAUCCCGGCAAUUCUGGUGUCGUGUCCGGUGCUGGUCCAGCCUGUAGCUCUUCCGCCGUGAUGCAGCAAGGUGGCGCAGGAGCUACUUCUGCGACGUAUCAUAGCUACUAUCACCACUGUCCUCCACAACCUCCUCCAGCGCCACAUCAACCACACCACCAUCAAAUAAAUGGACAUCAUCCACCACAUCAGUCUGAGUAUCAUAAUCAUCCGCAGGCAGGAGGAGGAGGACCAGGUUUAGGACCACACCACCACUCAGCGCAUCACCACCAUCAGCAAGUGCACCUGCAGCAAAGAGUGCCCGGCUCAUAUCAGCACAACGUGAUGAAAUCUCGGAGUACGCAGUCGACAGAAGUGGAGACACCGACGGAAGAAGAUGGCCACGUGUCAGAGUCGUGUAGCCCAGCAGCAGGCAAGAGAGAUGAUGCAGGUUCGCUUGAAAUUUUCUUGAGAUAGUGAUAGGAUACUUGCCGUACAUUUAAUGUACCUUGGGAACUUUCGAUCCGACGAACUUCCCUCAUGCUUCCUUUCAACUACAACGUUCUCUUCGUUACGAUCCAACCACUUCUAGGUACUGUCCGUGAGUACGAGGCUUCGCUCUUCGCCUACCUCCGCGAACAAGAGCAGCAGUACAAAGUUGAUGCGCAUAAAUUGAAGGGGCAAGUUAAUGUUGGCAGAAGAGCUGCUUUGGUAGAUUGGCUCGUGCAAGUGCAUGCGAAACACAACUUGCGGGAGGAGACGCUAUUUAUCACGAUUUCGAUUUUAGACCGGUUUAUCGAAAAGCAGCCAAUAGUGGAGGCAACGAUGCAGCUGGUUGGGAUGGCAUGUAUUACUAGUUCUAAGCUCUUCCUCAUGAGAAAAACUAAAAUGACUUAGAGAUCAACGACUUAGAAGAGUCAAGAUCGAUCUUCACUUUUCACCAAAAACAACGACAAGAUCCACAGAAUCUACGUAAAACAAAGAGUCAGGCAGCGUGAUGAUAUGGAACAAUAAAUUAGUCUUUCGCACUGAUGCUCUUCACAUAACUCGUGUUGUGGCAUUGAAAGACAUAUCCCAACCUAUCUGAACUGGCAGGUCUACUCAUAGCGAGCAAAUAUGAGGAUAUCCAUCCACCAAGAAUCGAAGAUCUUUUGAGGGUACUUCUACAUUGAGUUUGUGCCCAUAUUUUCACCUUUUGAAAGAUCUUCACAAAAGAUAUUUCAGACUUGUGCAACGUUAGAGUUAGCAGAUGUUUGGCUUUUCCUACCUCGUGUCUUUGCACUUGGUGGAUAAUUCCCUGUGCCUCCUCUGUGUUACAACAUUGCUAGAAAAGAUCCCACAGCCACCUUAGUCGUCUUUCCGGUUUUCAGAUCGAUGGCGCUCGGCUGUAGCUUCGCACUAGAGAGUUGAUUUCCCUUGGUUUGGAGCAUCUAUUCGAUGGUCUAGACAUUUAUAUGGGGCAAGUCUUAGUGUGGCGAAGUACAGUUUAAAUGGACCUUACAACUAGUAGGUUACCUAGGUUACACUUUAGUUCACAAUCACAACUACUCUGCAAUGGUUAAGUCAGCAGGCGACUUGGGUUUUGGAGCUUUCUUCAGAAAGCUUCCUUUCUCCGUCCCGCGGCUGUGUUACAACAUUGCAAUAGAGACCUUGCAACCCGCCUGUCGCCUGAUUCGGUUUUCGAGUCUCUGACUAUGGAUUGCCGUACUGCAAUUGAGAGUAGACACGGUCUUGAUGUUGCCUACAUGUGAGGUGUACAACAAGUCAGUGGUCAGUGUCUUAGUAGCGCAGUGCACAACCUCCAAAAAAGGAACUCCUACGCUAUAAUUUGAAGCCGGUCAACAUGAUGAAUUUGCUUCUUCUAAAGCAGUAAGAAAUACAGAAUGUUGAUCAUAGCAAACUACUUACAAGAACAAGACCCCUUCACACCAACCGCAAACUACAAGACAGACCCUCCACCACCAUCUCACUCAGGCAUGCGAGAAGAAGCAUACGAAAGGAGCGGUCUUACAGAUGGAGAUCGAUGUUUUGAAUGCUCUUGAGUUUCGGAUUCCCGGAGUCUUGCCUUUAGAAUUUUUGCGAAGACUGUUGAGGCUCGCACCGGAUUAUGCCAAUGCGCCACAGAGCAAUGCAGGGGAACUGUAUCGGGUACUGGCUUUUCGAAGUCGGGCAACUAGCAGGAAUGAUCGGUCACGCCUAGAAGAAGUAACUACAGUAAGAAGGUGUCAUCUAUGUAGAUAUAAGCUUGACACGAACAAGAACAGCAAACAUCGUAAAAACUUUCUGGCUCGUAAAAUAAGCGCUUUCAAAUUUCUCAUCACAGGAAACGCAAUACAACCUUGCAUUGUUUAUCCUCGAACUUGCCAUGAUUGAUGGGACUAUUUUCUCGGCUCCAGACGCGAGUGCGGUUGCGGCGAGUGCCUUGUAUUUUGCGCGCCAGCUGAUGCGCGUUGAAACCGUCUGGACACCUCAGAUGGACGCUGAGUGUCGUAGUGGCAGUAAAGCUCUCUACAAAGCGAUGUCAGCUCUAUGGCUCGCAAGUCAUAAGACCAACUUCCUCUACGCAGCUAUUCCACGUAAGUUUUCAGACCGCAAAUGGCGCUCAGUAGCUGGCAGGUUCAGAAAUGAAGACUUGAGUGCACUAGUGGCGCCAGAAUCCUUGAAGAUGAACGGAGGACACCACUCAGGAGCGCAACCGGUUGGACAACAAGUGAGUAGCAACAACAACAACAACAACAGUCAUCAUAAUCCCAAUAGCACUAGUUCUUCUGGCAGUACCAGUAACAUUAUGCCAGCAUCAGGAGCUGGACCAUUGUCAUCUUCCUCUGCUUGUUCUAUUGCUUCGGCCAUCGCAUCACAAGCGGGUUCUGCUGAUGUAGGAUGUGAAGGGGCCAACGCGACAAACAACAACUAUCACGGCAUGAGUACCGUUUCUGUCGCCCCAUCUGGGGUUGGGCAGACUCUAACUCAGUCUCAACAGCAGCAAGAAGUAGUUGAUCACAAGAAUGAUGUGAAACAUCUUCACGCCAGGACGAGAAGCGAGGUGGAUUCUGACGACACGACUAUGAGCAUUUGCGCCAGCAAGACAACGACAACUCACUCUGUGAAUUCCUCGACGUGUGAUCAGCAGCACCAGCUAGACGAGCUUGCGCGUGCAGGUGCAUACGGAGGUAGAAGCCGACGCGAAUCGGCUGUAGAGAGUCUCGGUCGCCGCUCCAUGGUUGUGGACUCCACACCACCAGAUCUUGUUGUUGCGACUGAUCACUAAGACAGUCGCAUUGGAGUAGUAGUAGUACCACUCCGAGUACUAGAAGUACUCCGAACCUGAGACGCGAAAGAGGAGGGCUGCUCCUGCUUGCAGUAUAAAUGAGCCGCGCGACUGAUCAGAAAAAGAACAUGAGUAACAAGGUAGCUCGAACCGAAAGAUAAAAAUCCCAUUCUCGAAUUUACGAAAGACCUAAGGUAACUUUUAGUAUGAGAAUUUCCUUGUAGUCGUAUCAAGUAGCACAUGGGAUCUAUGACCUGCUCGACGAUGUCGCUGAACAAGUCAUAGUCCUUAUGUCGCGAUCCCAAAAGAUUUUUUAGAGUUCUGAAUUUGCUUCGUUAUUUUAUCUGUUUGUUCUUGUUUGAUGACGAUGAUUGUGAACAGGGAGACGGUAAUCAACACCAACACGGAGGUUUUACCGAUCGGGACGACCUGAUCUCUUAUACGACCUACGUAAAUAGUAAAUGAGAACGUAACUCCGCCGUCUGUCUAAAACAUAUCACCUACGUAUGUAGUUUGGUGUGACUCACACCUUUGCAGCUGCUAGUUACAGUUUUGUAGUGAAGAAAUAGCUACACCAAUUACGUCCUCCAGCUCCAUGAUCUACGUACCACUAUCACGCUCCAUACCGUUCUACUAUCGCCUCUUCUUCCUACUGUCAAGAAGAGGCAUUAAGCUUUUAUGUCAUUCAUCCGUUCCAAUUUUCCACUACCAACACACUUCUAGAGGUGUGCGUUGCCUUCGACGUAAGCAUGGUCAUGUGCACGUGACUUACACAAGACUUAGAUCAAUACCGGAAGAAUAACGUAGCAGACCUGGUCCUGAAACUCGUCAUAUUACUUACUCAUACGUGGAAAGAAACGUAGCUGACCUACCUGUACCCUCCCCCAUCACUAAUAAAUAGUCUUCAUCCAUGAACUAACAGUAACAAUCCCGCAUUCCCAAAAGAAAAAUAUUUUGUCUAUCAGUAAGAAAAUCAAAGUAGAUCAUUCGGUCUCUGAUAGCUGUUGAUGUAUCUAUUGACAUAAAAUGAACCUAACUACCGAUACUAGUAUGAAAAAACUAGAUCCAGAGUCAGAAACGACUUUCCUUCAUUGAUGUUGCAUCCGUUGUUCUUCUCCCCCUGCAUAGUUUCGUUCUUAAGAUGGUGAUGCGGCUGCGGACGAGCUUGAGCGCAACGCUUGCGUACUUGCUUAGGACCGUAGUCCUGGUCCAAAUUUUUAAUUCCAUCCGCUAAGACGGAACCCAGCCACGACGGAUUGGGUACAUCAAAGUAAGUAGAAAUUAUCAAUUCCACCAUGAGAAUGAAAUCCACAUAUGUCUGACCUGUGAACUUCCCCGACUACCUCCCUCCCAUUUGUUUGCUCGUGCAUUUCCAAUUGACAAGAUCUAUCAUAGCAAAGGAUCCCUCCAAGGCAACCACCCAUCAACAUAAUACUCAAUGUUGAGCAGUAACUACCUGUAUUUUUCAGGAGACGUAGAGCCCGUAUUUAUUCUAAACUCAUGAUCAAGAUCAUCUCUUUUAAAAUUUUGCUUCAAUAACAUGAAAAAAAUCAUGUGGAGCACUUUCUGUUGUAGGUGCGAAACGCCAAAAAAAUCACAUCUAUAAUCACAAACAGUUCGAUUCUAUCAGAAUCCCUUCAUGAACCAACGUGUCAGCGAAAUGCCAAUAUCUUCUAAAAACUAACAUGAUCACAAGAAGAGUCAUGAUUGAUGUCUUAGUCUACUUAAGUAUUUCAUCAUUUUCCAUGACAACAUACUAGCCUAUUUGUGUGAACACUUGCAUAGUUAGUCCCGUCAGGACGACGACAAGCACAGCAUUUGAUUAAUAUAGUUUAUGAUGUCCGUUGUCACGUCACUAGCAUGCUGUCUUGAUUUACAACAGGUUUAUCAUGGUUCUUGUUUUGUUCUACUUUUAGUUAGGUAAUCUAAGUUACUACUUGAUGAGACCCUUGCUAAAACCAAGGGUCUGCUUCAAAACGUUGUUCUUUCCAGGAUUUCCUCCAAUAUUUCGGCAGAAAGAAUUUCUGCAUGCAGAGCUUCGCAACAUGGACAGACAGACAUAUUAUGGAUGCAAAAUUUAUUCCGUGCAACUGCAACAACUUAAUAUAUGGGAGGUGUAAGAAAAGGCUGUAGUGGCAAUAAUGAUGUCAUGACUAUGAUAACCAAACAAGUUAUACAAGAUAGAUGAACUACUGAGCAUCAACGUCGAAAGACAGCUGUGGCAUAGAUGGCAGUGAGGCAACGCGUG